AGGAAGGCGUUUUGAUUGGCUGAGGGUGGAGUUUGUAUGGGUAGGUUUAGCGCCACACCACUGGCUGCGGCGGUAUCGGGUGUGUGUGGCUCCAGGUGUUCUUUUGCGGCCUUGCUCCUCGACUCUCCCCUCAUUGUUGGACUCUGUUUUUGAGGUCGGAUAUGAAGAGACAGCAGUCCCACGGCAGCGGCGCCUGUCCGCAGUCCCAGAGUGGCUUCACCCAGUCACAAGGCACCUGCUCUCAGUUGCACGAGCUCUCCUCACAGUCUCAAGGCACCUCCAGUUCCUCCGCCGGCACAGUGCCGUCCUCCAGCCAGUCCUCUCAUUCCAGCUCUGGGACGCUGAGCUCUUUAGAGACAGUGUCCACUCAGGAACUCUGCUCUAUUCCCGAGGACCCAGAACCCGAGGAGCCUGGUCCUGUCCCGUGGGCUAGGUUAUGGUCUCUUCAGGAUGGAUUCUCCAAUCUGGACUGUAUUAACGACAACUACUGGUUUGGGAGGGAUAAAAGCUGUGAGUAUUGCUUUGAUGGACCACUGUUGAGAAGGACUGAGAAGUAUCGGACCUAUAGCAAGAAGCACUUUCGAAUUUUCAGGGAAAUGGGCCCUAAAAAUUCUUACAUCGUGUACAUAGAAGAUCACAGCGGUAAUGGAACCUUUGUAAAUACUGAGCUUAUAGGGAAAGGAAAACGCCUACCUUUGAGUAACAACUCUGAAAUUGCACUUUCACUAUGUAGAAAUAAAGUUUUUGUAUUUUUUGACUUGACUGUAGAUGAUCAGUCAGUUUAUCCUAAGGAAUUAAGAGAUGAAUACAUCAUGUCAAAAACUCUCGGAAGUGGUGCUUGUGGGGAGGUAAAAAUGGCUUUUGAGAGGAGAACGUGUAAGAAAGUGGCCAUAAAGAUCAUCAGUAAGAGGAAGUUUGCUCUCGGCUCAUCGAGAGAAGCAACAGACACGGCUCCCAGUGUUGAAACUGAAAUAGAAAUUUUGAAAAAACUGAAUCAUCCGUGCAUCAUCCAAAUUAAAGAUGUCUUUGCUGCGGAAGAUUAUUACAUUGUUCUGGAGUUGAUGGAAGGAGGAGAACUUUUCGACCGGGUGGUGGGGAACAAACGCCUGAAGGAAGCGACCUGCAAGCUCUAUUUCUACCAGAUGCUUUUAGCUGUCCAGUACCUUCACGAAAAUGGGAUUAUACACCGGGAUUUAAAGCCAGAGAAUGUUCUCUUGUCAUCUCAAGAAGAGGACUGCCUUAUCAAGAUCACUGAUUUUGGACAGUCCAAGAUUUUGGGGGAGAGCUCCCUGAUGAGAACUUUAUGCGGUACACCCACAUACCUGGCUCCUGAGGUCCUUGUCUCCAAUGGGACUGCUGGGUACAGCCGUGCUGUGGACUGCUGGAGCUUGGGAGUCAUUCUUUUCAUCUGCCUAAGUGGGUAUCCACCUUUCUCUGAGCAUAAGACUCAAGUGUCACUGAAGGAUCAGAUCACCAGUGGAAAAUACAACUUUAUUCCUGAAGUCUGGACAGAUGUUUCAGAGAAGGCUCUGGACCUUGUCAAGAAACUGUUGGUUGUGGACCCAAAGGCUAGGUUUACUACCGAGGAAGCCUUGAGGCAUCCAUGGCUACAGGACGAGUACAUGAAGAAAAAAUUUCAGGAUCUGCUGGCUCAGGAAAAGAAUUUGAUGGCCCUCCCCCUGAUUCCCGCCCAGCCUUCAGGUCGAAAGCGGCCCCUGGAACAGGAAGUGGAGGGAGCCGAGAGCACAAAGCUUCUGGCUGUGUGUGAUGCUCGGGUUUGAACAUGAAAGAAAUGCACUUUCAGCCGGUGGUGGGUGGUGGGUGAUGGGGACGCACGACUUUAAUCCCCCAGCACUUGAGAAGCUGAGGCAGGUGGAUCUCUGUGAGUUCAAGGCCAGCUUGGUCUACAGAGUGACUUCCAGGACAG